AUGGACGCAUACCCAUCCGACUUUGUAGUCCAUAACCUACCCUUCAUUGUCCUCUCGGGCCUAGCCACAAGCAAAGAGGUCGAUCCCCCGCCAUCAGUCCAACAUGUGCUUCCUGGCCGAGCUGUCACAAGCAUCAACUCAGAGCUACCACCCGUAGAAGGCGACCGGGCAAAUGAGCUGCUCCAAGAGUUCCUAAGUGCAGAUGGCACUAAUGCACCCUGGAAUGGGCGCGACUUCAGCCGUCGAGGCAUUACACAUGGCUUCAGAAUACGGAGUGUAGGAAGGAACUUCCAACUGCCACCGAAAAAGGCAGAUGCGCCCUCAAACUCGGAAACAACUCUUCCAGGCAGUCCUACCAUCGCAGCCGCAACAUCAUGGGUCUUGCAUUCGCCUAUUUCACCCCUCUCCCCAGCCUCUUCCUCCUUCCCCGACGGUGUCAUCGCUCCUGCUUGGGUCGCAAAACACCAGCACUACGUUCCUUCUGUCUUCGUCUCCUUCUUCAAUUUCACAACCGAUCCCAUCACAAACAGCUUGCACGACAACCAACUGAAGACGGACAUCAACAAGAUCAAGGGCCAAAUACAGAAGUCGGACUAUCGCACAAGAUACGUCGUGGUAUUACUGAGUGAUAAGACUAUCCUUGAGGCUCCAGAUAUCGAGGAACGGUUGGCGGUGAUACGGCGGGCUACUGGUCUGGAUCCAAAGAAUUCACUCUUCUUCCUGCCUCCAAGGACGUCCCGCGUCGAGUUGCAGGCCUUCGUUACAUCGAUUCUAGCUAUACUACAACCCAUUUGCGUCGAGUACUACCGAGACCUCACUAAGCAUGCACGGAGGAAGAAGGGACGGGGUACAAUCCCUCCCCCAACAGCUCCACCUACACGCGGAACCUCACAAACACUGUCAUACCCUGGAUGGGGUGUUCGUUACGAUUUCAAGCUGGGCAUACUCGCCGAAUUUCGCCAGGAGAUGGACGCUGCGCAGCGACAUUACAAUGCUGCUUUGGAAGCCUUGUUCGGUGCCGAGGGUCUGUUCGAAACAACGGCGAGCUGGUCUCCAAGAUGGGACGAGAUACGCUUGCUAGCAGAUAUCACCGCACUGCGACACAUUCGGUGUCAGCUAUGGAACAAUUUCCCUACUUCCGCGGUUCAGAAUUGGUUGAGAUAUAAGUACAGAUUACAAGACGUGCUCGAUCGCCGGGGCAAGGGCACUAACAAUUACGGUUGGCAAGCCUGGGAGUCUACAUGGGCACAGGUCAUGGCUGAGACUGUUAGGCGAACAGAGUUGCCGAUCUUCAAAAUAAGGGAUCUCCCGUCAGAUACAGAUCCCUUGAUGGAUAGCCCGGGUGCACUGUACUCCCAACCCGAGAAACAGUUUCCAGUCGGAGAAAGAUUACCACCAUGGGAAUUGUUACACCAUGCUGGGUACUGGCACAAGAUUGCCAGUGAUCAUGCGAAGAAGCGCUACAUCCUCGCCAGGGAGAUGCCAGAAGAAGACCGGACACCGCCUGGAAUGUCACCUGCUGCAAAGGUCUCCGCUCGAAAUCAGAUAUAUGAUCACUAUCUUGUCCCACACCCUCAUGAAGAGUAUCCUGUGCCUGGUAUUGCCAAUGGAUUUGAGCACUGGAAAGACAUCUCAGCCAAGCUGAACGCUGCGAUAGCUGAGUUCAGAACUCGAGGACAGCACCGAAAGGUAGACCAGUUGCAACUUGAAGUGGCUCGGACAUUGCUGCAUGUGAAGAGAUUUGACGACGCUUCCAAAGUACUACGACCACUCUGGGAGACGAUGGCUUGGCGGAAAGAAGGAUGGUGGAGCCUAGCCUCAGAAGUAGUGUGGAUCCUACAUGAAUGUGCACUGCGAGUACAGGACCGAGAAACUUAUGUUGCAACAGAAUGGGAGCUGUACAGUCAAACGAUCCCUGGCAAGACAAAGUACAAGUACGACUUGAUGACGUGUUUGGACGUCUUCUCGGAUGCCUCAGCGGAGAAGGUGAGCGUGAGUCUGAAUGCCAAAGACCACAUCUCUUGCUUGUCGACAUCUUUCGCCUUUGCUGAAGCUGAGGGCAAUGUGGGUGAACCACUCCAAUCACAACUCGCACUUACCUCGAAUGCUCGACCAGGUUCUGCUCCUGUCACCCUGUCUUUUCUCCAGUACCAGUUUAACGGUGGACUGGCUGAAGUCAGGUUGACUCACGAUGCGGAACAAGAUCCGUCUGGAAAUGCCUCAAAAAUGUACUCUUGUACAUUAGACGAAACCCAUUCCGCUACCGGAAAGCCACGUUGGGCUGGUACAGCUGACUUGACGCUUUAUCCUGGACAGACAAAAGUGUACAGCCUCCCACUCAUCCUGCGUGAGUCAGGUGAUGUUGAUGUCGUUGCAUGCGUCUUCGGUGUCAGCACAGAAAAGUUUGACCUUGUCUGCUCAGAUACAGAUCCGGAGACUCCAGCCCAUCCCAUGUGGUGGAUCAAGUCGGACACUAAGAUCAAGUCAAGGACACUGAAACACGGUUCUGGCAUGUCCGUUCACAUAUUACCCAAACCGCCGAAAAUGGAGAUCAAUCUACCGGACGUCCGCAAUCAAUACUAUACGGAUGAAUCCGUGACACUGGCGAUAGAAAUUUUGAAUCAAGAAGAGGAGGACACCGAGGCUGUCCUUGAGGUGCGACUGUUGGGUCGCUCUAAAGAUACUCUGGGCUAUACGUGGGUCGAGCGUCCAGCAGAGUCACCCAUGAAGGAAGUUCCGCCCGCGCUUGACGGAUCAACGGAUAUGGAUCUCCCAGGUCAUGUAGUGGGCAAACUAGCCCAGGGGGCAAGAACAACGGAGAGGAUUCGCUUCACUGCACCCGCCGAUCCAGCAGACUAUGCCCUGGAAGUCAAGGUGCUAUAUCAUCUCCUCAGCGACCGCGACAUACCCAUCUCCAAGAUCAUGGUCGCAGAUCUCGUCUUCAAUGCUCCCUUCGAGGCAAGCUACGAUCUAAAUGCACGUGUGCAUCCGGAUCCAUGGCCCAGCUAUUUCGAGCUACAAGAAGCAGAAAGCAACGUCAAUCCCGAAUCGCCUGAUGCGUUCGGUAUAGCACAGAAAUGGGGUCUACGAGCUAAAGUCGCAUCCUUUGCCGACGAACAGCUCAUCGUCAGCGAUCUAGCUGUCCAAGUACACAGUAUCCACGGCGGCGCAACAUGUGACGUGACAAAAGAAUUCAAUAUCGAGGAAACAGCCAUGGAACCCCAGGUCCUCAGCGAAUGGAGCUUCAGUCUGGACGUCCAGAAGAACAACCUCGAGGAACGUCGAUCUACCGCCCUUGACACUACGCUCAACAUCACAUGGAAGCGCACUUCCGAACCCACUGCCUCUCCAGUAACUUCCUCCUUACCCAUCCCACGCAUCCAAAUCCCCUCUUCCGAACCCCGCGUCCUCGCUUCUUCCCAUUUGUCCCUCACCAUUCCCUCCCUCCUCCACCUCGAUUACGUGCUCGAGAAUCCAACCAUGCACUUCCUUACCUUUGAACUCGCCAUGGAAGCCAGCGAAGACUUUGGUUUCAGCGGACCUAAACUACGGACCCUGCAUCUCUUGCCCAUGAGUCGGCAGACUGUGAGGUAUAAUCUAUUGUCGAAUGUAGAGGGGGAUUGGAUUACACCGAAUCUCAAGGUUACAGAUCGGUACUUUAAUAAGACAUUGAAGAUGGAGAAGGCAAAGGGCAAGGGCAAGGGCAAGGGCAAGGGCAAGGGCAAGGGCAAGGGCAAGGGCAAGGGCAAGGGCAAGGGCAAGAGGAAGGAGGGGUAG